CGAGCACGCUGCCAAUAACGACGGCGCAAAAGCCGCACGGCACCACAGCAGCAUAUGGACCAGCUAACGAGCGUGACCAGCCUCCUCAGUAUGCCAGAAAGAGAUAAGAAUAAGCUUCCACCGUGAAGGGCCAACCCAGCUCUGGGGCUGUGGCUCUCUAAUUGGAGGCAAUCAAGUCGGUCUGAAUUUCUUCCCCAUAAAAUAAUUUGUCGAAAUAGUUAACGAAUGGCCACGGGACAAAACGCUUAACAAGAAGGGAUCGUUUCCCAUUAUCUCAUGACCUCUCCAGUCGUAGCCUACCGGCAAGCCCAUCUAUUUAUUGAUUCUGAUAUAAGUGAAAGCUUCCUUGCACUACGACAAGGAGGUGAACUCACCGCAGACUAAUUAUACCAGAGUCAUUGUAUUUGAGGAAGGAACCGAGGAAGCUUCCUCACACUUUGUUGAACAUAACGAUAAAGAAACCAGCUCUUGAUCACGGGGAAGGUGGUCCCAACCAGCAGCCCGCUAGACCCAUCUAUUGGCCAGAAGACGAUUACAUUCUACAUGGCAAUAAUUAAUUGGAUCCUGAUUUAUGAUCCUUCGCAUGCAUUCCCGGCUCUUCCUUCAGCUGCCACAAUUCUCCAGAGGCACGGCUUGCCCGUUAAACACGCAACCGGAGCCUAUUCAAAAUUGACUACCAUUUCUAGAAUACGAUAUCAUAAUGCUUCUUUGAUGAGCUGAUUCAUGCUAAAAAGCACCACACAUGGUUCGUUAUUAAGUUUUUCUAUCCCAGGUUUUCGCACAGCGUAUCAGAAUCUUCUAGACCACUGAAAUCUAGCGAAAGAUUGAACUGCUUUCCACACCGACCCACAUGGUUUUGGGUUAAGAAGGCAUCUAAGACCGGAGUGGCAGGCUGUGUCGAAUUUACCUGCCGACAUCCAAGUUUGAUUUGCACGACUCUUCCAUUCCACCUGACUCAUAAACCCUACAGUUUCUUACAUCUUACCUAUAGCUCUGAAGUUUCCAUCCGACUGUUUCAACUGAAAAACAAAACCAUUGCUGCCAAUUCCUGAACAAUUCCUUCAGAAAUCAAAUGCAAUUCCUGAGCCAAUGCAAAUUUAGUCAUCCUUCAGAAAUCAAGCCACAUCUGAAAGGAAAACCAAAAACCCACCUUCUAAGAAAGCAAAAGAGAGAUGGAGUUUUAAUCACAACCAUUCAAUCAAUAUUGGAGAGCUAACCAUCAGGAUCAUCUGGCCCACUUCCUUACCAUGGGAAGAGCGAACACCAGAGAAAGAAGCUAAGGUGCCUGAAGUUGCAGAGCUGGAUUUCUCCCACGCGGUUAUCGUGGAACCUGGCCAAGGAGACUAUUUUCAAUAUAAGCUGGCAUUUUCGGGGAACCAAUCAAUAGCGCCCAAUCCAGCAAUCUUUGUUCUAGGUUAGCUUUGCUCGAGACACUUGACUUCAAAAUGUAAACAACUAAUUUCCUUCACACCCAGUACAUCCACUAAUAGGUUAGGGAGCUCCCACCGCCCUAAAUUAACCAAUCUUUGCCUACUAACCAUUGCCAGCCAAAAGAUUCGUGUCUGCCACUUCCAAGAACCUCACAUAAAAGAUGUACUCGGCAGUUAUCCUUGCUCUUUUGAUAGGAUCAAAACUAACCCUUCUUUUCCUUCUUCCAUCUCCUUUUACUCUAAUUGACCAAAUAUUUGGAUUUGCUCUCCGAUCCUGCUGACGUCAAGUAUUCAUUGCCUUCACUAUAUAAAGCCACACGACCACCCCUCACUCAACAAAUUCAGCUACCUAAAUAAUCAGAAAGCAAAUAUGACUCUCUUCCGCACAAAAUCCUAUUUUCAGCGCUUCUGUGAUGACGGGUUCCAAAUGGAAUGCAACGGCUACAGCUUCGCCAGCGACCUAUUGCCAUCUUUGGGAGCAACCAUAAACCAGUCCGUCAAGCUGAGAAAGUUUAUAAUUUCUCCUUAUGACCCCCGAUACAGAGUUUGGGAGAUGUUCCUCAUUAUCCUGGUAAUUUAUUCAGCCUGGAUCUGUCCAUUUGAACUAGCGUUUCUGAGAUACCUGCCCACGAAGCUUUUUCUGGCAGAAAAUAUUGUCAACAGCUUUUUUGCGGUUGAUAUUGUUCUCACCUUCUUUGUCGCAUAUCUAGAUCGAAAAUCCUAUCUCUUAAUUGAUGAUCCGAAGAGAAUUGCAACCAGGUACCUAUCCACCUGGUUCAUCUUCGAUGUCUGUUCAACAGCUCCAUUUCAACCACUCAGCCUCCUCUUCACAAGUCAUGGGAAUGGCCUUGUUUUCAAAAUACUCAAUAUGCUCCGACUGUGGCGCCUCCGUCGGGUCAGUUCACUGUUUGCAAGGUCAGAAUAUCAUCCUGUUUCUUUAAAAUUGAAUGGCUAUAGGAUGGAUGCUCAUCAGACUAUUUCUUUAAUUAGGCUUGAGAAGGAUAUUCGGUUCAAUUAUUUCUGGACACGAUGCACAAAGCUUGUCUUAGUCACUCUUUUUGCAGUACACUGUGCUGGAUGCUUCAACUAUUUAAUUGCUGACAGAUACCAUGAUGCAAAGAGAACCUGGAUAGGUGCAGCAAUGCCAAAUUUCAGAUCAGAAAGCCUGUGGAUCAGAUAUGUAACGGCAACUUACUGGUCCAUUACAACACUGACAACUGGUUAUGGUGACUUACAUGCCGAGAACACGAGAGAAAUGUUGUUUGAUAUCUUCUACAUGCUGUUUAAUUUGGGACUGACUGCUUACCUCAUUGGAAACAUGACGAACCUUGUUGUUCAUGGAACCAGCCGCACCAGAAACUUUAGGGAAACGAUUCAAGCUGCUUCUGAAUUUGCAGCACGAAAUCAGUUGCCUCAGCACAUAAAGGAUCAAAUGCUAUCUCACAUAUGCCUAAGGUUCAGGACAGAGGGGCUGAAACAGCAAGAAACUUUGAACGGCCUCCCGAAGGGCCUUCGUUCGAGCAUAGCAUACUAUUUAUUUUUUCCCAUUGUUAAGAGAGUCUAUCUUUUCCAUGGAGUUUCCUCUGAUUUCAUUUUCCAACUGGUUACAGAAAUGCAGGCUGAAUACUUUCCGCCCAAGGAAGAUGUAAUACUGCAGAAUGAAACUCCAACAGAUCUUUAUAUAUUAGUAUCAGGAGCAGUGGAGCUAAGAGCAAACUUUAACGGAAUAGAGCAAGUUCAUGGAAGGGUAUUUUCUGGGGAAAUAUUUGGGGAGAGUGGGGUUCUAUGUUACACACCACAACCAUUUACUGUUCGUACAAUUGAGCUCUCCCAAAUACUGAGGCUGAGUAGCAUUAGACUCAUGAACUUGAUUAGAGAAAACAUGGAAGAUGGGACUAUUGUAAUGAACAACCUAUUCCAGAAGCUGAAGCUACACGAAAGCUUAUCUGAUGUUAUGCAACAUAAAGAUCCAAUAUUAGUCAAUGAAAGCUUUGAUGGAGGACCAAUCAGAGAAUAUGAGAACUUCCCUACUCGACACCAAGAAAAUCAGGUCCAGAAACAGCCAAUUAUGGACACAGGAAUCCUAUUAAGCAAGGAAGCAGAGAAUAACGAUCUCGACUCCAUAAAAGAGCUUCUAAGUUUGGGGGCUGAUGCAAAUUCAACAGAUGCAGAUGGCCAAAGAGCCCUUCAUAGGGCUAUUCAAGACAGCGAUUUUGAAAUGGUCAAGCUGUUGCUUGAACAAGGAGCAAACAUAGAUAUCCCAGAUGCUAAUUGUUGGACAUCAAAGGAUCUGGCUGGGAAAGCAGGAGAGAAGGACAUCUAUCAACUUUUAUUAAAUCACAAAAAGAGGACAAGAUUCACAACAGAAGAUCAUCAAAUUGAAAUCAGAUCAACUAACAGAAGCAGAAACAAUACAAUCCAAGGCAAUUGUGAAAGGAGCCAACAAUUCAUACACUCAACAUUUCCUGCAUGUUCAACAAGAGGCAGCCAUUUAGUUGAUAGCAAUCACAUAAAAAUGAGCACCAAAAGAGUUACCAUUCAUAUGUAUUCUCAAAGGUCACGAAGUUCAAGGGAACAAUUUGGAAAGCUGAUAAGCCUACCUGGUACUCUGGAUGAGCUCUUCAGAAUCGCCGGUCAGAAGUUCGCUGGUCAUCAUCUUACAGAAGUUGUCAAUCAAGAUAAUGCAGAAAUAGAUGACAUUACGGUAAUCCGAGAUGGGGAUCAUCUGUUUUUUCUUGAGAUAUGAGAACAAUACAAGCUCUGCAUGGUGGACUGACAUGGCUAUUCAAGAAAUGUAACAGCAACACCCACAGGCAUAAGAUACAUUGUAAGCCCCAUGCAUAAGAUAUAGUCAGAAUAUAACAUACUUGCCAACUGAUUUUUGUCA